AGAUGUGUAGGGAUGCCUCUUGAGGACUUAAGUGCUAUUUCUAUGCGUCUGAGCGGGAGUGUGGGCCGCCAUGACAGUGACCUGGAGCUGCUGGUGCGGGAGGGGGAGGCCGUGUCCACCAGACUACGGAACAUCCUCACACACAACCUAGGCACCUCCCCACGUCCCUCCAGUAGCAGACCUCGCCGCGCCACCUCCAUCGACUCCGCCAGACACCACUCCCUAGAACGUGAACCGGAAGUAGGAGAGGCGUCGUCGAGGUUGAGUCGCGGUGACCUGACAGGGGAGGAGUCAGGGUCAGCGAGGGAUGACCACCUCCGGUACCUGCAGCCCCGCGCCAGGUCCCUCACUGACGUUUACCGCGGGGAUCACCUUCGUCACCACACCACCUCCGCCGCGCCCCACAGGUCUGGGGUGACGACUAGCACACCGAUCAAACCCCCACUAACACCUGGAGGAGGCAGUACCCGUGUACGGCGAGACCUCUUCCCCAGCACCUCCCCCUCCACCCCGCUAUCCGUCGCUCACCUGGCUCACACCACCUCUGACACCAUGGAUGACCCAGAGAUGUACAGAUUGGAGGAGGAGACGAGGUAUCUGGAGACAGAAGUAAGGCGCCUGGAAGACAUGUUGGUCGCCUCACGAACUGAGCGUGACACAGUCUCUGUACGUUACAAUGCCCUGUCCGACCAUGUUGCGGACGAGUGGCAGGAGUAUCAGAAGAGACUGGAGUAUUUCCACGAGGUUCACCGUAAGCAGACAACCCUCAUAGACCGGCUGGCUAACAAGGUACGCGAGUAUCGUGGACGCUGCCGGGAGUUUGAGGGUAGAGCUGCCGACACCUCUAGGCUACGAGAAAACACAGAGCGCGAGAUAGAAUCUCUCAACCUUGCACUCACCACGGCUGAGGAAAGGUUGAGAGCAUCUGAGGCCCAGCACACUUUUGACUUAGAAACUGCACUGGUCAAGCUAGAAGAUGAACAAGGAAGGUGUGAAUCCUUUGGGAAUCAGGUGGCCAGCUUACAGGAACAACUUGCCAAAUUGGAGUCAACUGUUGGAGCGAUAACAGAUGAAAGAGACAAGUCACAGUUAGCUCUCAAGCGCUUGACGGAUGAAGUCAAGGCUAAAGAGGAGCAGUGGGUGAUAGAGUCUCAAAUAGCUCAGCAAUUCAACAACUACUACAUAUCAGGGCACAAAAAUUUAUUGGACUUGUGGCGUGAGAUUGGAUCUGUAAAGCGCACCUUCUCCGAGGUGAAACACCUGACCUCCCGUGACCUGACCGACCUGCGCAGCGACUUUACUCGCUGUGCACAUCUCUUGUCAUCUGCCUGCCAAUCAGCUCAAUCCAACAUGAGUUUCCUACCAUCAGGAGGAGAUAAGGAUGAUUAUGUGGUCGCCAACCCAUCUGACCUGUGGGGGCGCAUCCAGGAGUGUGAAAAGUCUCAACUCCGAGCAGAGACGGAGAAGAACUCCCUCAAGGAAAAGAUCAAUGAACUUAAUUCCAGGAUCUCCGAGCUCAACAACAACUUACGAGACAAGGAACGUACCAUAACGGACCUCAACCAGAAGCUGGAUGAAGGCAUGACGGAAGCGGAGAUUCAGGAGACACUGAAGGAGAAGGUGCGCACUUUAGAAUCAUACAUGGUCGAAAUCGCUCAGACAGUCAUCAAGGACUCGGAGCAGAGUGCCAGCGACACUGACGGCAAGACUCCUUCUGCCUUCAGUCAGGAGGAAUGGCAAAGGAUUGUACGAGACACAGAGCAGGGAGUAGCCCCAGACCUACCACAGAGCACCGUGUCUGCUGUUCGUACGGCUCUCUCCAACCGGCAUGUUCAGAUCCAUGAAUUGCAACUCAAGUUAACAUCAUCAAAGGACCAUUUGACAUCACUCCGUAAGCAGUAUGAAAGUGCAGAGGCAGCCCAGCGCUCACUCGAGUCUACGAUUGGAGAACUUCGUGAUGAGAUGGAGGCAAUUACCCGGCAGAAGGAUGAAGUCUCCAGGGAGAAAGAUAGACUCUCUGAAGACUUGAAUGUAAUUGUUGCAGAGAAGAGUACCCUGGAGAAGACCAAGCAGAACCUAAAAGCUCAGCUGGAGACCGCCCAAGAGGAGACAGAGCGCCGUAGCCGCCAGGUGACGGAGCUGGAGAAGGAGAAAGCCAUGCUGGGUGAAGAACGAGCCUACCUGAACUCCAAGCUGACCAGAGAGAAGGAGGAAGUACAGAAGCACGUCCACACCAUAACUGCCCUCAACUCUGAACUGUCUAGCGUCCAGCAGCAGGUAUCUGUUUUGUCUGAAUCCCUGGGGAAGGUGCGGGCAGCAGAGGAGAGGCUGGAUCAGGAGAAGGAUGACCUGCGGGACCAAAUCCGAGUAAUGGAGCGGCAGCGCAUGGAGCUGGAAGCUAAACUGACACACUCCCUACGUCAGGAGACUGACCUGAGGGAGGCCCUGGAUAAGGUUGAGUCAUACAGUAUCAACUUAGGGCAAGAUAAGUCACAAUUGGUCUCCAAGAUCACAUCUCUGGAGACAGAACGUGCAGCCUUGGGGACGGAGAGAGCGGAACUACGAGCGGAGGUUGAGAGGCUCAAGGAUGAUCUGGAGGCCCUGGGGGAGGAGCGCAUGGGCCAUGAAACGACCAUAACGACUCUUAAUGAAAAAAUCAACCUUUUAACUCUUGAUAAGGAAAAGAUUGAACUAGAGCUGAAUGAUAUCAUCUCAGAGCGUAAUGAACUGCACGGUCAGCUGACAGCACUGGAGCGCAUCAAGACGUCUUUAGAGGGUGAACUCACGACCCUCACCAACACACUUACGGACAAGCUCAAACUUAUUGACCAACUAAACACAGAUAAAGAAGGACUUUCUAAAGAAAAUGCAGAGAUGGAGGUACGUCUGACAGGAGCAGACAAGGAGUUGAGUGCUCUCCGUGAAUCAUUGGCAACAAUGAAAGCAGAGAAACAGAGUCUGGAGAGCUUUGCAACAUCUCUUGAGAAGAAGUGGUCAAAUAAUGAAGCUCGGCGCACACAACUGGAGAAGGAGAACCAGCAGCUGAAUACUGACAAAGAAAGACUUCAUACACAGAUGAACAAACUCCAGCGUGAACUUGAGGGUGAGCUGACGAAGCUAAGAGAGGCUCGCACCGCUCUAGAGCGCCGCCUGGACGAGAAGGAAACAGAGCAUAAAAAAUCAAUGAUGAUAUUACGGGAUCAGCACGAGGAGAUUAUAGACGACUUACGCAAGGAAAGAAAUAAUGUACAGUCAGAGCUGGAAGACAAGUUGAAUUCAACCAUCCAUUCUCUCAAGAUGGAGAAGGACGAGCUCGAACUCAAGAAAGAUCAAGAAAUUUCCACUCUUAAACGUUACUCGGAGAAGCUGCAGCGUGAGAGAGACGACUCGGCCCUGCGCUUUGAGGAAGAGAAACACCGAUCAAUGAUGCUGGCCCAGCAAGAAAUAGCAAGUUUAGAAGAGAAAGUUGCCGGUCUACAGCGAGAUCUGUCGACCUACGAGAACCAGUUAGAUCAGCUGCGGCGUGAAGGCUCCAACAAGGCUGAGGCAGGCCGGGCCAGCGAGGGCGCACUGCACAACAAGAUCGUUCAGCUCAAAGAGGAAUUGCAUGCUAACAGCCAAACAUUUGAAAAGCAGCUCAAGGAAGAAAAAGAUUCCUAUGAGCGCAGAAUACGAGAACUGCAGACCCGGCUAGACGAUGCACGGAGAGACAACGAGGUGGAGAUCACGUCCAUUAAGACAGACCUGAGACUGGCGAGGGAGGACGCCUGCCGACUACAACAGGACUUGGAGGAUGCUGAGGAGAAGCUCAAAGAUGCUGAAGAGAAACGAGCAGUAUUAAAGAAGGAAAUCAGCCGAGUGAACGAAGAGAUGAGGUCAUCAGACGAGAGAAGAUCAACUGAAAUGCAGAUCCUUAUCAAGAAGUCAGAUCAGGAGAAGAAAGAUAUACAAAAACGAUUGGAUGACAAAGAAAACAAAUUAAGUGCCCUUGAAAUCUCUGAAGCCAAGCAUGCAGACCUGAUUGGCCGCAUGACACAACAACUCCGUGAACUGAACACAGUGAAGCAGGACGCUCACAGGGAUAUGUCAGACAUGAAGAAGAAACUUCAGCUGCUGGAGACCGAAGGACUCGGCAAGUCACAGGAGUUAGAAAAUCUUCGUCUGCGUUUGUCAUCAGAAGAAGAUCGCCACAAUGAGAGCAGAAAGGAAACGAACAGAUUAAAGAACAAGGUGGCAGAGUAUGAGAGAGAACGAGACAACCUACAGACAGAGUUGGCCCUUCUGGAGCGACGACUCACAGAACUUGAGGACCACCAUGCAGCCAAGGAACAAGAACUGGCCAGCAGCCUCGAAGAAUCUCGGUCAAAUGAACGCAAGUUGAAUGAUGAAAAGAAGAACUUUGAAAAUUAUCUCAACAAUGCUAAUCAACAAAUCAGCAAUCUUAAGGUGAAACUGUCCCGAGAAGAGGGUCACGUUGAAGCCCUGGAACAGCAGCUGGGAACAAUGGACAACACUCGAGAACAACUGGAGAGAAAGCUGCAAAAUGUAUACACUUCCCUGCGCACGGUCACUCGCAUGUACCAAGACGUCACACCCUCAUCGCCUGCACUACGGAGCAGGAAGGGCACCAAGAUUGGUUUCGAACUAUCUGGUAGCCAGAGUGACAUACACGCAUCAUUUGAAGCUCUUGGAUCACCAGAGAAAGUCAACGUAGCAGAAAUUGAUCCUGAAACUGUCCGUCAUGAAUUACGAGCUUUAAUGACCCAGAUGAAUCAAGUGGAGUUGGAGAGAGAUGACGCUGUGGCUCGUGUGAUGAGUCUUGAGCGACAACUUUCUGAGCUCCAGGAGACGCAUCAGAAAUCAGAAGCCAGGCUAAGAGAUGUAACACGCACUCUCUCAGAGUUGGAAGAAAAGAAACGCUAUGCAGACGACAAACUCAACAAGGCAGUGUCAAAUGCCAGCCAGCAGGAGGACGCUCUACGUCGUAAGGAGAGUGAAAUCCGUACCCUGAAUGAAGAGCUGAGCAACACACGUCGCAAAAUGGCUGAUCUUGAACAUGACAAGAGCUCUCUAACUGAUCGUGUACAGAAGCUUAAAAAUGCUGUUGGUCGAAUUGAAAUGGAGAAUGCCGACAUUAAAGAGAAGCUGCGUUCAUCUGAGCAGCGAGGUACUCUCCUUGAUGACUCGAAGGGAAGACUCGAAUCCGAUCUUAGUGGGGCCAAGAAGGCUCUAAGUGAAAAACACAUGGAAAUUGAGAACUUAACUGCUACCCGGGAGAACUACAGCCGCACCAUACGAAGCCUCGAGGACCAGAAUUCUUCUCUCAAAGGCAAAGUGGAAGACCUCAAGACACGCAUGGCUGCUAUCUCCAAUUCUGAAUCUGAACUGAAGGACAAACUUGCUUCAAUAAACCGAUCGCUGAAGGAGACAGUUUCAUCGUCUAGCAACAUGCAAGAAGAGCUUAGCAGAUCCCAGAAUCUGUUGUCUCGAAGUGAAGCAGAACGUCGACAGUUAGAUGAGCGAGUGGCUGACUUACACAGUUCAGUAUCAGAUCUCAAACGGCAAAAAGACCAACUUGUCGAUGCCAAGAAUAAAGCUCAGCAAGAUCUAUCUAAUGCUGAGUUAAGGAAUGCUGAGCUGGAGAUGAGCAUGAAGUCUCUUAAAGGGAGCCUUGGUGAGCGAUCAUCAACAACAGAUGAGCUUAUCUCAAAGGUGACCCGUUUGGAGCAAGAGAGGUCUGAACUUCGCUCUCAGCUUGCAGACUUGGAGCCUCACACACUUCUUCAUCUACAGAGGAAGUUGGCCAUAAGUGAAGCUGAAAAAAAGGACAUAGAAAAGACAGAAUAUAGACUUGAGAAGGACAGAACAGACCUUAAGAAGAUUUUAAACAAGUUUGAGCAUGACCGACAUCGACCAGCCUCUGAACAGCCCGUGCUAGACUCUAAUGUCAAUGCUCUUCGCAUUGAGAAUAUGGAACUGAGGCGUAAGAUCGAUGACCUCGAGACCCUGAAGACAGAGAUGCAACAGAAACACUUAAAGGAGACUCUGGACAUGAGUAGUGAUCAUCGUCGGGAGCGUCAAGUAGACAGUGAGAAGAUCCGUCGGCUCACUAACCAGUUAGAGGCCCUACGACAAGAGAAGGAACGGUGUGAGCUAAGACUUCACUCACUUGAGCAACAGAUCGCACAGUAUCGUGAACAGGUCAGAGAAUAUCGGAACCGGAGUUCAAUAGUAGCAGCUGAUGUCCGUAGAGUACGGAUGUCUAUGGCCGACUCUCUCCAUAAUAUUGGAACGCAUCCCCGAGUUUCUACAGGAGUUUUAGAUUCUGAAAUUCAGCGGAGUUAUGACCGACUACCACCUGGCUUGCGUAGUCAGUUCCGCGUGAUGGGGGGCCCACGCCGCCAACCCCUGGCCCCCACAGCCUCUUCCCCACACGUACAUCAGCGCUAUGGUUCCUUACGCUAGCCUGUCAGGUGGCCUCUCGAGGUCACCGCGUUCAUCACGCCCGCGCCGUUAUGCAUCGGCGUCCCCCAGACGCCGCUCUGAUCAGCCGAAGAAGACGCUGACCUUCACGUGAUCUGGUACACCAAACUAAGGAGAUUAUUUGACUUCUUGUAAGAGUUGGUAAUGCCAAUGAAAACUUGCCGAACUUUUCUAACCUUGGCCACACUGUCACAAGCAAGUGUGUGUGUUGUGGUGUAAUCACUCUAGAAGUGGUUAUGACAUAGUUAGGCUACAGUACAGUACCUCCAACUGUGACAUCAAGCGAACCGAGGUUUUGUAGACUAUCUCGUAAGUUGGAUUUUGAAGUUACUAUUCUCGCUCUUGUCUGCGAGGUAGGGGCUCCUUCCUGGGAUGCCUUUCUUGAGCUUAUCUUUCACUCUGCAAAAUUUUACUCUAUCAAAAGAGUAAUAUGAUAGCAGCUUGAAGAUUAUGAAAGAUGAAAGAAUACUGCCAGUACUGAUACUUGAGGAUAUAGGGAACUGCUAUGGAACACUGCCACUUUUUAGUCUCUUAGUAAUAGUAUUUGGUGUACAUUAAAACUUAAGAUGGAAGCUUAUCUCUUAGAACACAGUUGUCAAUUGUUGUUGGUACGAAAGUGUUGUUUUUCACACUGCCAUCUGAAAGCAGUGUAAAGGUUUUGGUACUGAUAACACUGCAUUGAACUUGAUGCUCCAAAUGUGUAACAUAUUUUCAGAUACUUUUCGAAAUGAAGUUAAAAAAAAAAUUUUUGAAUGUAGUCUUGUAUUUUGACUAAAUGCAUGUUGUUUACAGUACAAAUGACAAUAGAUCAAGAUUUCCAUUUCUAGCCCAGAUAAAUUUUUAACCGACCAACACUGCAUAUGACAUUCCCACAGAUCCAUUGAAACAGUAUUGUUAUUCAUGUGUAAAAGUCCAUGGAUCGCAGUUACCUUCAUUUGGCUACUAAAUUGUCUAGUCAAGGAUUCGUUCUUCUAUAACUUAGGAACAAGAGAUAGAGGCCACUCUCAAUGCACGUUCCUAGAUGUUAUGAAGUAACCCAUAGCCUUAGGAGCACUCAUCACGUCCUUUAGGUGUGCCUUCAGUUGUUUAAAACUCCUAAAAAUAUUGAUGGUUAAAAUUCUUUGAAGUUUAAAAUAAUUGUUUACUGUGCACUCAAUUGUUAUACUGUACUGAACUGCUCAUCAAAUAACUACUAAGUCACUUUAAUGCAAAUAUCAGAGGGAUCGGUUAUUUUUAUAAAUAUGUUGUUCAUAAUAGUUUAGUUAUUAUUGCUGUACAAGUUGUAUACUGUUAGUUUUCAGAAUUUAUAUAUAUAUAAGUUGUACAUCUCAUAAUUUUAUUCCAGACUAGGAAUUUCACAUUCUGAUCAGAAACAUUGCAUUUACUCUUGUAGCAUUUCCCUAAGUGUUACUUUCUUAUUGAUCUACAAGUAGAUCAACAAGUGAAGUUUUAGAUGCAGGUCACCAAGUGUAUGUAUGCUCGGUCCAGAUGUACAGCACAAAAUCACAAAAGAGAUUGGGACUUCACCUAUUCUUUAUUGCAAGAAGGGCAAAUGACAGUCCCAAAUAAAAUACUGUGGUUGCUUUUUAUUGUUAUAAGCAUACAACUUGAUGUAUUUUUAUAUUUUUUUAUGUAAUAUGGAUCAUACAAUAUUUGACAGUUGUUAGAAAACUUUGGUCUAAAUUAUUUUGAAUGAAACUAGAUGGGAUCAAGUGACUGCCUCAAACAUUACAUUGUACUUUUGGGUAACUGUCAUUUCUAUUCUCACUGAACUAGUGAAUUUGCAUGUCUUGUAGAUAGAGAAUAAUUAAAGAAAAGAAAUAAACAAAAA